AUGGAGGUAACCAGCGGAGCUGAGGAGGCGUUUGUACGCGAGUGGAUGCCUUGCUCGCACAUAUUGAAUCUGAUACCACUUCGCGUUCAGAAUGGUUUGUUUUCCAACGAGUUGUGCCUGACUUGUGUGGACGCCGUUAGCGAAUACAUCGCACUAGGCACUAACGCGGGCAUGGUGUACUGGUACGACCGGAAAAAAGGCAACAUUCAGCGGCUGCGUUGUGAGGCUUCAACAAGUCCCAUAACAUAUGUGAAGAUAGUGAACACAGUGGACUACAUGGUGGGGGCUGGCAAUGAAGCUGGUCAGGUGACUGUGUUCCAAAUCCCCAAAGAACAUCCGGAAAAUGUGCCAGACUCAUUGAAACCCAAAGUUGAACCGAAAGUUGAAAGGUAUACAAUAGGAGAUCUUCACAAAAGCAAAAUCACAGCAAUCGAGUGGUCCAAAAAUGGGAUGCGGCUGUUCUCCGGUGAUAAGAACGGCGUCAUUAUCAUGACUGAAAUUGACUUCUAUAUGCACCUGUGCAAAUCAAUGGAAAUUGUGAAUGAAGAACACGAAAUAGUGCAGAUGAGCUACCAAGCCAAUACACUGCUCGUAUCAAGCGUGUAUCGAAGCAUCGUGUGCUCGCGGGAAGGCGGCACCGGCGGCCGCUGGGCCGUGUCGCAGCUCGGCCGGAAGGAGCGCCGCAGCCUGUGCGCGUUGGGCGCCGUUUUCCAGUACUCGUACGCGCAGGGCGGUGAACCAAAUGUAUACUGCGCAAGACCCGGCCUCAGGCUUUGGCGUGCCGACAAACAGGGGAAUGUCCAUCAGACGUUGCUCUUUAAGGAGGCGGUGUCGAACCCACUGACGGUGGCGGAGCUGCUGAACCCGUCGCAGCGGAAGCACCCAGCCGCCGACCCGGAGUACAACUUCGGACCGCUGCACGUGUUCCGCGAGCACUUCCUCGUCGCGCACAACCACCACAUCCUCUACGUGCUGGAUCCGCGCUCGCUUACCGCCAUCGCCGUAGUCGAUGACUUACGCAA